CAAAAAGCAUGACACUCCAUAACCGCACAAACUUCAAAAGUUUUGUUUACAUUGAAAGACUCACAUCUACACAAGAUUGCAACCGUGUGGUUAAAGUUUUUAGUUGAACAAUUCCGGCAAAAUGGAAACAGAUAGUUCGCCUGUUACUGAGACCAAGCAUCUGAUGUGUGUCCCCGGACAAAGACUCUGCCUGUGUGAAGAAAAUACAAUCCCCGGUCAAGGUACAUACGAACGACAGGGAUACAUCUACUCAAUGCUGGCCGGAUUGGUACAAAUUCGACAGAAAGAUAAGAUGAAAGUACUCGAAGUCAAAUCGUUCGGAAAUCAAACCAUUGUUCCGAUUGCCGGUGAUAUUGUAACAGCCAAAGUAACCGUUUUGAAUCAGCGAAUAGCCAAAUGUCUGAUUACUUGUGUGGGCGAUGUAACGUUGAAUCGGACGUACCGCGGCUUAUUGCGGAAAGAAGAUGUUCGAAGCACAGAAAAGGAUCGUGUCGACAUGUACAAAUCAUUCCGACCGGGCGAUGUCAUUCUGGCCCGUGUGUUACCGCACACCGAACUACAUUGCUACCAGUUGAGCACUGCCGAAAACGAACUCGGAGUUGUUGUGGCAAUGGCUGCUGAAUCUGGUCUGCAUGGUGUGCCAAUGAUUCCAGUAAGUUGGACAGAAAUGCAAUGCCCACAAAGUUUGGUUAAGGAACAGCGGAAGGUUGCAAAAAUUGUGUCAGAAAGUGCCGUCAAUAUCAAAACCGAACCAAAACCGUAGAAUAAAGGCAAACGCAAAAAAUUUUGAAAAUUAUUUU